CCCCGGCCAAAUAGACUUGUCAAUAAAAAAAUAUCGAAGCACUCGAAUUGUGACAUUAUCACGGCAAUGGCCAGCAUAUCCUGCAUUUACUCUACGAAGAAAUCAGUGUACUAUUUUUUCCGAUGGAUUUUCCGAUCCACACGAUAACUGAUCGAUGAUUGUGGGGGAGUGAUAGUAUUGGCUCGAUAUCCGUCACUGACGGGUCUUCAUUUCUUUGGGAAAUUUGGUAGGGGGACGCGCUGGACGCGUCGAAACGAUUUUUAUCACGAUUUAUUUCGGUCGGAAGACCUGUGGACAUUUUUUUUUACUGACAUGGAGACCUCGGAGAUGAUCAGACAACACACGGGUCCUCUGGGGAAGCAGGAGAGCGCCAAACUGUGGCAGUAUCUCGCAGCAUGUUCAGCAAGUUUGUUGGCUGUGGGAGUGGGGACAGCCCUCGCGUGGACCUCCCCGAUCCUCCCCACGCUCACCAAGGAUUCCUUCUUGCCCGUCUCCAAGGAGGAAGGCUCCUGGGUGAGUUCCCUCCUCGCCCUCGGGGCAAUCGCCGGCGCCCUGCCUGCCGGGGCCCUCGCCAACAGAAUCGGUCGCAAGAAGUCCCUUCUUCUCGUCGCCGCGCCCUUCUUCCUCUCCUGGGUGAUGAUCAUGUUCGCCAAAACUCUCUGGAUGCUCUGCGUGGCACGAUUCAUCGUCGGCAUCGGUGUCGGCGCUGCCUGCGUCCAGGUGCCCUCGUACAUCGCGGAAAUAGCAACGCCCUCGGCCAGGGGAACACUGGGAGCGAUGUUCCAACUGUUUCUAGGAGGCGGAAUCCUCAUGGCUUUUAUCCUGGGGGCCAUCACGUCGUACACUCUCUUUGCGAAUCUCUGUGCUUUGGUCGAGGUCCUCUUCGUGGGGACCUUUAUCAUUAUGCCUGAGUCACCUGCCUGGUUAGUUAGUCAAGGACGAAAGUCAGAGGCGACACAGGCCCUGAAACUUCUUCGAGGGCCCGGGUAUAACCCGAGUGAAGAGUUAGCAGAGAUGCAACGGGAGGCUGAGGAAAAUUCGUCCCGAAGAAGCUCAGUCUUCGAUUUAAUAAAAACUAGGGGAUCUCGUCGAGCGGUUCUUGCCUGUUUCGGUGUCAUGACUUUUCAGCAAUUGUCUGGUAUCAACGCUGUCAUUUUCUAUACUGUCACUAUCUUCGAGGCUGCUGGUAGCAAAAUGAGUUCAGAUUUAGCUGCCAUUAUCGUGGCGCUUGUUCAGUUCCUGAUGUCCGGUGUCGCAGCGAUAAUUGUCGAUCGCGCUGGUAGAAAACCCCUUCUAAUCCUGUCCUCAACCCUCAUGGGAAUCAGUUUGAUUGCUCUUGGAAUUUAUUUUAAACUCAACGACGGUGGGAGUGAUGUCUCCAGUUUGGCCUGGCUACCCCUCACUUCUCUAGCUCUGUUCAUGAUCGCCUUCUCCGUGGGACUGGGACCAAUAGCCUGGAUGCUGAUGCCCGAGCUAUUCACGAUAGAAACGAAAGCACUGGCGUCAGGUCUAGCCGUUAUGCUCAACUGGUUCCUGGUGUUUCUCGUCACAAAAACAUUCCCAUCAAUGAAGGAAAAUCUGGGUCCUGCUAUGACCUUCUGGAUAUUCGCUUGUAUCAUGCUAAUCGGUUCAAUAUUUGAGUACUUGUUUGUCCCUGAGACAAAAGGAAAAACACUCCAGGAAAUUCAGAACGAACUUAACAGUAGUCGAGGCUCAACUCUUUGAUUAUUUAAUUAAGCCAAUUAUUUUUAAUCCCCUAGUUCGUAAUGUCGUUUAUUUUUUAACAGUCCAAUCAUCAUUGCGAAAAAUA